CCGGAUGCUCCCACAGAGCGGGCAGGCGGCGCUGUGGCGCCUGGGCCGACGGUCAGCAUCGCGAUCACUCUAUCCUCGGCGGAGCGACUCGUUGGUCCGGGCCGCGCAGGCGCCGAGCCUUCCUUUCGCUCUUCCUGCCCUCCGCCCCUCUGUCUUCUCUGCAGUGGGAGCAGCUCUCCGGCCACAGCCCCUCAUCCCCUGAAAAUGUACGCCUGCGCCAAGUUUGUCUCCACUCCCUUGGUCAGGAGCUCCUCUCAGCUGCUGAGCCGAUCGCUGUCUGCAGUGGUGCUGAAACGACCGGAGACACUGACAGAUGAGAGCCUCAGCAGCUUGGCAGCCCCAAGUCCCCUGACCUCACUUAUUGCUAGCCGCAGCUUCCAGACCAGUGCCAUUUCAAGGGACAUCGACACAGCAGCCAAGUUCAUUGGGGCUGGGGCUGCCACGGUAGGGGUGGCUGGCUCUGGGGCUGGAAUUGGGACUGUAUUUGGGAGCCUCAUCAUUGGUUAUGCCAGGAACCCUUCUCUGAAGCAACAGCUCUUCUCCUACGCCAUUCUGGGCUUUGCCCUCUCGGAGGCCAUGGGGCUUUUUUGCCUGAUGGUGGCCUUUCUCAUCCUCUUCGCCAUGUGAAGGAGCCGUCUGCACCUCCCAUAGUUCUUUCUCCCGUGUCUUGUCCGCCCUGUGUGUUCCUUUUCCUAUACCACCCCAGGCAGCCUGGGGAAAGUGGUUGGCUCAGGGUUUGACAGAGGAAAGACAAAUAAAUACUGUAUUAAUAAGA